AUGAAGGAGGUGUUGCCUAGUUUGAUUGAUGAUGUUCAGGGAGCCUUUGUUUCUGGUAGGUCCAUUUUAGAAAAUUACCUUAUUUGUCAAGAUAUGUUGAAGGAUUAUGGCAAUAAGAGGAAAUCUCCGAGAUGCACUAUUAAAGUUGAUACUAGCAAAGCUUAUGACUCUGUGAGUUGGAGCUUCAUUCAAGAUAUGCUAGUUUGUCUAGGGUUCCCUGAUAAAUUUGUUCAUUGGAUAAUGACCUGUGUUACCUCUCCUGUAUAUUCAAUUCUGAUUAAUGGGGGUAUGUAUGGUUUUUUUAAGGGUCAAAGAGGUGUGAGACAGGAGGAUCCUAUGUGUAAACAGUUGAGAUUGGAUCAUCUCAUCUUUGCUGAUGAUUUGAUGAUGUUUGCUCAUGGUGAAAAGCUUUCUAUUUCCUACUUAACUAGGGCUCUUGAGAUGUUUGGAAAAGUUUCUGGUCUUCAAGCCAAUUCAGACAAGACAGCCAUAUACUUUGGCAAUGUUAAGGAGGAUGUGAAACAAACUAUUUUAAGUGCUUCUGGAUUUGCUGAAGGAUCUAUGCCUUUUAGAUAA